CGGUUGUUGUAAACCCAAUACACGUGUGUUUGGCAGAAUCCUCGGGAAUAUCACGUUAAGUUAUUGACUUAAUUGCCCAAUAUAUAAAUGGCCAAAAGCCUGCGCAGCAAGUGGAAGAGGAAGAUGAGGGCAGAGAAGAGGAAGAAGAAUGCCCCCAAAGAGUUGGCCCGGCUGAAGACAGCCCUGGGGCUGGACGGGAAGGGCGAGAUCAAUAUGAAGGACGUGCAGGAGAUCGCUACGGUCGUGCCCGCCGAAAAAGUGAAGAAGGUAGAGGAUGUGGACGUGGACAUGGAAGGUGACGAUGGUGAGUUAUACGCUUCUAAAAUGGACAUGGAUAGCAAGCGGAACAAGAAGACCCUGCUGGACGAGCAUGGACAGUACCCCACAUGGAUGAGCCAACGGCAGGCCAAAAAAAUGAAGGGGAAACGUAACACCAAGAAAGCGAAAGCCAAGAAGAAGAAGGGACUGGCCUGGUAGACUUGAGAGUCCGGACAAAUUAAACUGUACAUGAACUAACACUCUUUUAGACAAAGGGUAAUAUUUUGCGUGACAGUACGCAAAUGUCCAAGUGAUUUGAUUGCCUUUGGGUUCACCUUGCAUACAGGUUGUAUGGAAAAGAUUAGCGAAACGUGGAAGUGUUUAUGUGUUUCCCAUUGAUUUAAUUUACUCCUGGCUGUACAAAGUAAUAAUAGUAUUUCAGCACACACUGAAAAGGGUGAGUUGUUUUCUGUGAAGUGAAGAAAGUAUGAUACUUUCCACCACUGAAACAUUUCAGAUGAGAUAGGAGAAUGAGAAGCAUAACAACCUUUAGGAACCUUGGAUUUCUGAACAUCCAAUCAACUAUCUGCAAAAAUCUCAAGACUUGUACAGGAAAUUCUGCUCUGGAUUAAAAGUAUAAGAUCCCGUGAGAUCACUGAAUUAAGGGACAUACACUGAAUGGAUUGCUUGACUGAAUAUCGGCUGCUGUCCAGAGUUUCAAGGUACCCAUCAGGCCUAUAUUUACUCUUUACUGAACCUACAGCAGUGUGCCUUUUGACCUAUUUUAAUAGACAGAUCCAGAGUAUAUGGAUAGUGUUAUUAAAAUUCAUAACUAAGAAUUUACAUAAGCAAGAAAAGGGGUUUAUACAGCAACAGUGUGGCAUUCUAAACACAUUUUAAUCACGCAUAUGUUCCUUGGUUCUGCACUGCAUGUAGCAGUA